AUGCAGUGCUCAGUGCAGCUCCACCUUAACCGCGCAGAAAGCCAUGGAGGCCGCCGUUGCGGAUCGAGACGCAGAAAAGCUGGCAGGGUUGCUGGAGGCACAGACGGGCCUACGGCGAAGCUCUCAGGGGACCGAGCUGCAGCAACCUUGUUGUUGCAGCAGACGAUCAAGUGCUUGAGCAAGGAGGCUCCCAAGGAUGUCUUGCCGGCAGAGGUGCUGGCAACUUUCCCGGGAACAUCAUUGGCGGCACCUAGGGGCAGAUAUGACAUGCUUUUUACGUCGUCUGGCCUGACCUUCGGUGGAAAGACUCCGCUUGGCCCCAUAGCCUGGGACGCUGUGCGCUACUUCCUGAAGUUGCCUUGCUUGGAGACCAACCGAAAAGCCGGAACGGUCGCUAAGAACUACUGGCUGGUUCUCGUUCUUUCCCAGCCACUGCUGGUGGGCAAGCAAGAGUAUCAGUGUGUGGCCUUGAAGGCCAGCGGCACAAAGGCUCCACAAUGCCCGCCUGCACUUCAGUCUGGAACCGGGGACCAUGAGCGCUGCGCUGCAGUCCUGAAGGCUCUGACAGCAGCGGAAGAGAAGUCAGAGUAUCUGGUGCUCUCCCGAUUCUUGGAAGCCAUGAUAGGCGUUGACAAGGCUCUGUCGCCUGAACCUACGACCUGCGUGUUGGAGGCAGUCCAGGCCUGGAGGGGCGUGGAGGAAGGUGUCUUGUAUCCACUUGCGGCGGGCUUGUGCUUCUUGCCCAAACCCGCGACCUUCUUGCCCGUGGAGGACAUUUUGGACGCAGAAGCUGGAUCCAACUCUGGGCCGCGCGGAGGGGAGCUGAUCAUCCAUCGCUACGACGACAAGAAGCCCACCGUCUUCAACAAUCUGACAGGUGCAGAUGCCAGCGCUCUCUUGGCAUACCUAGCCUCUGUAGUCCAGCAUCGCGCAGACAAUGUCAAUGUCGACCCAGAGAUGGAGGACGACGAGGAAGAAGAUCCCGACUUCGUCGCGGACGCUCCGCCUGCAAAGCGCCGGGUCGUGACCAGGAGUCAAACUCGUGGCACCGACGCGGUUCUGGUGGAGAAAGUGGGCUAG